GCAUACCUUUCCAUAUCCUUCAGAGUUACUGACUGAAAUCCACCAUAAAAUGAAAUGAAAAGAAGAAGCUAUCCAUAAGCUGUUUCUGCAUACAGACCCACAGGCCUGCAAGCUGAUCAGUAGGAUCCUCUCAGAUGGCGAGUGGACAGCUGUCGAGGGCGGAGGCGUUAGUGUGCUCAGGCUGCAGGCAUGCAUGCCAUGUGAUGCUCUACUCUGACACGAAAACAAAGCUGUUUGGGAGAAUUCCCAUCAGACAUAUCAUACUGAUGCAGAUGCGCUUUGACGGUCUGCUGGGUUUCCCUGGUGGGCUCGUUAACCCUUCGGAGGAGACCCUGGAGGCGGGACUCAGCAGGGAACUGUUGGAGGAGCUGGGUGUGGCUCUUCCUAUAUUGGUAGAAGAUCACGUGGACUCCUGCCAUGCCCCUGCUUCCUCCUCCUCCUCCUCCCGUCUUAUCACUCACUUCUACGUGAAGAAGAUGGAGGAGGAGCAGAUUAGGGAGGUGGAGAGAGCGGCUGCAUCCACUGCAGCAGACCAUGGACAGGAGGUUCUGGGAAUGGUCCGAGUCCCGCUCUACACUAUGAAAGGCGGGGGAGGCCUCGCAUCCUUUCUGUCGCACUCAUUCAUCGGCAACGCUCGCUCCCAGCUGAUUGACUCUCUGCUGCGCCUCAACCUGGUCACCCCAGAGGAGUUGCACAAAGCCCUCACACACUCUCUGGGGACACACACACACACCGCAGAGGACUUGAAAGUGGCCCUCGCGCAGACGGAGGCGAGGGGGAAACGGUUUUGAGACCUGCACGUGCAUCAGCACAUCCUCUCAAGCAUUCACAGAUAAAUACAGUUUGGCCAUCAGCACUGUUCACACACUUAAUCAUAAAUAUACACACACAGUGUCAUACUGAAUCUGAGCUGCUGACUCAUAAUUACCGACUGUGCAUCAAACAGUUUGGGGAAAACAUUCAUCAACUGCUUCACUGUUAAUGGAAUAAAAUCAUUUACGCUGUCCGUCAUAUUUCAACUUU